GUCAAUCAUACUAUACAAUAUGGCCGACGUUAAAAUGCAGCACAUCUUGUAAGUGGACCGAAGGGACAGGAAUAGAAUCAGCCGAAGUAAAGGACAGGCUGCAUUGGCAGCCAGGAGAGAAGGGGGAAAGAUGCCAUCUCCAUCUUUUUCCCUGGAUGCUCAGCUGCGUUUCCAUGACAAAUGGCUGAAGAUAGAUUUGCAGCGCGCCUUCUCUCCAGAGGGGCUCACGGAGAUGUGGAACGAGAUGGUGAAAGACGAGGAGAUCGUCUUUGAUGGAGAGGAGUCUGCUCACCCAGAGGACUGUGCUGACUGCCUUGGCACCCAGAAGAAGGAUGACUCCAACGACCGUGACAAGAAGGAGGAUGAGGAGGCGGUGGCCUCAUCUGUCCAUCACUCCAUCAUUGAGAUGUGGGACUGGGGGCGGCAGCCAGAGGACACAGAGCUGAAGGACUGUCUGAUGGUGCUGGUGGAUGACCAGCAGAAGCUGUCGUCGCUGACGGCCAAAAGCACGCUGUCGGCACGGCGCCUGAGCCAGCGGCUGGUCAUCCUGGAGCGCUACCUCAUCUCGCUCACGCACAGCAUGAUGGACGAGAAGUACAAGGUGCGCUGGAAGAGCCCGCCAACCCCUCCUGUGCCCACCGUCGACAACAAGAGCACUCGUCCAGUCAGUAAAGGGGUGGAGGGCCUGGCUCGGGUGGGCUCCAGGGCGGCGCUCUCCUUUGCCUUCGCCUUCCUGCGCAGAGCCUGGAGGUCAGGUGAUGACGCUGACCUGUGCAGUGAGCUGCUUCAGGAGUCUCUGGACGCUCUGCGCGCCCUCCCAGAGGCCACUCUGUUUGACGAGGGCACUGUGUCGUCAGUUUGGCUGGAGGUCGUGGAGAGAGCCACCAAGUUCCUCAGUGAUGUUCACAGCAGUGCUAGUGCCAAAGGCCCCAGCAACAUUCCCCUGCAGGACCAGCACCUGGCCUUGGCCAUCCUUCUGGAGUUGGCCGUGCAGAGGGGCACCCUCAGCCAGCUGCUGUCGGCGGUGCUUCUGCUGCUGCGUCUGUGGGACAACGGCACGCGGGAGAUGGACAACGAGCGGUCCACCCAGGGCACCAGCGCACCCCUGCUGCCCCUCCUCCAGCGCCUCCACAACAUCCACAGCAGCAAGGAGGAGCCCGUCCCCGAGGAGGAGGUCGAGAUCCUGUCCGCUCCUCUGAGCCCCAACGAGAGCUUCCUGCGCUACCUGACCCUGCCUCAGGACAACGACCUGGCCAUCGACCUACGGCAGACAGCCGUGGUCAUCAUGGCUCACCUGGACCGCCUAGCCGCCCCUUGCAGCCCCCCACAGUGCAGCUCCCCCACAUCCAGCAAGGAGGACCAUGGAAACAUUCAGGGCACCCUUCAGGAGGUGAUCGGCUGGGGCCUGCUGGGCUGGAAGCCCUAUGCCAAUGUGAACGGCCCCAUCCAGUGCAAGGCCCUGUCCAACCUGGGGGUGAGCCAGAUCGUCUGCUCCGAGAAGGGCUUCCUCAUUCUGGCCAGCACCGGGGCUGUCUACACCCAGAACUACAAGAGCACCACCCUGGCUCCCAUCCUAGUUCACGCCUUGUCAUCGCGGAAGAUCGUGAAGCUGGCUGGUCACCCAGACGGCCUACACUACCUGGCCCUGUCGGCCAACGGCGAGGUCUUCUCUUGGGGCUGUGGAGACGGAGGGCGUCUGGGCCACGGAGACAACACGUACUUGGAGGAGCCCUCCAUGAUUGCAGCGUUCGCAGGCAAGCCUGCAGGGAAGCAUGUGGUGCACAUUGCCUGUGGAAGCACUUACAGCGCCGCCAUUACAGCUGAUGGAGAGCUGUACACGUGGGGCCGUGGCAACUAUGGACGUUUGGGCCACGGCUCCAGUGAAGACCAGACCACUCCCAUGCUGGUGACCGCACUCAAGGGCCUGAAGGUGCUAGAUGUGGCCUGUGGCAGCGGAGACGCACAAACACUCUGUGUGACGGAGAACGGCCAGGUGUGGUCAUGGGGGGAUGGGGACUACGGGAAGCUGGGCCGUGGCGGGAGCGACGGCUGCAAGACGCCCAAGCUGGUGGAGAAGCUACAGGACCUGGACAUCGUGAAGGUGUGCUGCGGCAGCCAGUUCUCUGUGGCCCUCACCAAAGACGGCCAGGUGUACACCUGGGGCAAGGGAGACAACCAGAGGCUGGGCCACGGCACUGACGAGCAUGUCCGCUACCCAAAACUGCUGGACAGUCUACAGGGUAAAAAGGUGGUGGACAUCGCGGUGGGCUCCACCCACUGCCUGGCACUGACAGAAGAUGGUGAGGUGCACAGCUGGGGCAGCAAUGACAAACUGCAGCACUUUGACACGCUCUUCUCCAACAAGAAGCAGCCCAAGGCCCUGCCCGGCCUCAACUCCAAACACAUCGUGUGCAUCGCCUGCGGGCCUGGACAGAGCUUUGCGUGGUCGUCAUGUUCGGAGUGGUCCGUGGGUCUGCGUGUGCCCUUCGUGGUGGACGUGUGCCCCAUGACCUUUGAGCAGCUGGACCUGCUGCUGCGUCAGGUGAGCGAGGGCAUGGACGGCAGCUCCGACUGGCCCCCGCCUCAGGAGAAGGAGUGCAUGGUGGUGGCCACUCUCAACCUGCUACGCCUACAGCUCCAUGCGGCCAUCAGUAACCAGGUGGACCCUGAGGAGCUGGGUCUAGGUCUGGGCAGCGGGCUGCUCAACAACCUCAAGCAGGCGGUGGUGACGCUGGCCAGCAACGCCGGCGUGCUCAACUCGGUGCAGGCGGCCGCGCAGGCCGUGCUGCAGAGCGGCUGGUCAGUGCUGCUGCCCACCGCCGAGGAGCGGGCCCGUGCGCUGUCCUCACUGCUGCCCAGUGCAGUGUCUGGGAAUGAGAUGAGUGUGAGUCCCGGCCGGCGGUUCAUGAUCGACCUGCUGGUCAGCAGCCUGAUGGCGGACGGGGGUCUGGAGUCUGCACUCAACGCGGCCAUCACCGCUGAGAUCCAGGACAUUGAGGCGAAGAAGGAGGCGCAGAAGGAGAAGGAGAUUGACGAGCAGGAAGCCAACGCCUCCACUAUGCACCGCUGCCGCACCACCCUGGACAAGGACCUCAUCAACACGGGCAUCUACGAGUCGGCCAGCAAGCAGAGCCUGCCCCUGGUGCAGCUGGUCCAGCAAUUACUCAGGAACAUUGCCUCGCAGACCAUAGCGCGGCUGAAGGAGGUGGCGCGGCGCAUCUCGAACUGCCAGGACACGGAGCACGUGAGCAAGGAGCGGUCAGCCUCCCUGGACCUGCUGCUGCGCUUCCAGAGGCUGCUUGUCUGCAAGCUCUACGUGGGCGUCAGCGGCAGCACGGGCGUGGGUGGAUACACCUUGACCGACUCUGAGAUCUUGGGUGUGGGUUCUCUGCUGAAGAAGUACAUCGCCCUGCUCUGCACUCACAUCGGGGACAUCCUACCCGUGGCCACCAGCAUCGCUUUCAACAGCCACCGCCACUUCGCCGAGGUGUCCCACGUCAUCGAGGGAGACCUCACAGGGGUGCUUCUGCCAGAACUGGUGGUGUCCAUCGUGCUGUUGCUGACGCGUGAUGCGGGGCUCAUGCAGGAGACGGGCUCCAUCCCGCUGCUUGCCGGCCUGCUGGAGCACCUGGACCGAUUCAACCACCUGGCGCCCGGACACCAAAGGGACGACAACGAGGACCUGGCCUGGCCGGGACUCAUGGGGUCUUUCUUCAAUGGGGCGAGUUCCAGGAACAAUGAGGAGGUGUCCCUCAUCCGCAAGGCGGACCUAGAGAACCACAACAAAGACGGAGGCUUCUGGACCGUUAUCGAGGGCAAGGUGUACGACAUCAAGGACUUCCAGGCCCAGUCUCUAACUGGCAACAGCAUCCUCGCCCAGUUUGCAGGUGAAGACCCAGUUGUGGCUCUAGAGGCGGCCCUGCAGUUUGAGGACACCAGGGAGUCCAUGCAGGCUUUCUGCGUUGGCCAGUACAUGGAGCCCAACCAGGAGACAGUGACCACGCCGGACCUGAGCAGCCUGUCCUCCCCGCUGAUCGACACGGAGCGGAACCUGGGGCUGCUGCUGGGCCUGCACGCCUCCUACCUGGCCAUGAGCACCUGCCUCUCCCCCAUGGAGAUCGAAUGUGCCAAAUGGCUCCAGUCGUCCAUCUUCUCAGGUGGUCUGCAGACCAGUCAGAUCCACUACAACUACAACGAGGAGAAGGACGAGGACCACUGCAGCUCCCCGGGGACCACCACGCCCGACAAGGCCAAGCUCUACUCCGGCCGCAUCACGCUCAGCGACCACGCACAGCCCUUCCUCCAGGCCAUCGCAGACAACAACACCCAGGACCACACUGUGAAGGACUUCCUGUGCCAAAUUGAGCGCUGCUGUAAGCAGUGCCACCUCAUCACCCCCAUCAUCUUUCCCCCGGAGCACCCUGUCGAGGAGGUGGGACGCCUGCUGCUCUGCUGCCUGCUCAAGCAUCACGACCUCGGUCACGUCGCGCUCUCUCUUGUCAAUCAAUGUGCCUUGGUCGUGGAUCAGGGGAAAAUGAGGUCCCUUCCCCGAUCAGUGAUUGAUGUGUGUCGGAUGGUGUACCAGGCCAAGUGCUCACUGAUCAAGACGCACCAGGAGCAGGGCCGCUCCUACAAGGAGGUGUGCGCGCCGGUGAUCGAGCGCCUCCGCUUCCUCUUUAACGAGCUACGACCGGCGGUCAGCAACGACCUGUCGAUCAUGUCCAAGCUCAAGCUUCUCGGCUCGCAGCCCCGAUGGAAGAGUAUCGCCCAGCGGCUUAUCAGGGACCGACGGAAAAAGAGAGUGCCUAAGAAGUCGGAGUCGGCGGACAUGGAGGAGGUGAAGCUAGAGAUCGAGGGGACCAACGAGGAGGAGCUGUCAGUACCCAUCAGCCCCACGCCCGCCACCGACAAGAAACACGCCACCGCCAAGUCCCCAAAGCAGGACAAGUGGCAGCCUUUGCUGAGCACGGUGGCGAGCGUGCAGAAGUACCGCUGGCUGAAGCACAGCAUCCACGGCUGCCCGGCCCAGUCCAGUCUCAUGGGCACCAUCGUAGAGUUCUCCCUCAAGGAGGAGCCGCUGGACGUGGAGAAAAUGAGGAAGUGCCUCCUCAAGCAGCUGGAGCGGGCGGAGGUGAGGCUGGAGGGUAUUGACACCAUGCUGAAGCUUGCGUCCAAGAGCUUCCUGCUGCCCUCUGUCCAGUAUGCCAUGCUCUGCGGCUGGCAGAGGGUCAUCCCAGAAGGGACCAAUAUUGGGGAGCCUCUAUCCGACUGUCUGAAGGACGUGGACCUGAUCCCUCCCUUCAACCGCAUGCUGUUAGAGGUCACCUUUGGCAAGCUGUACGCCUGGGCCAUUCACAACAUCCGUAACAUCCUACUCGAGGCCAGUGUCAAGUUUAAAGAGCUGGGCGUGCAGCCGGUGCCCCUGCAGACCAUCACCAACGAGAACCCGGCGGGACCAAGCCUGGGUACCAUCCCGCAGGCCCGUUUCCUGCUGUCCAUGCUGCACAUGCUCACUCUGAAGCACGGUGCCAACAGCCUUAGCCUGCUGCUCAACUCCGGCAUGCUGGCUCUCACCCAGAGCGUCCUCCGGCUCAUCGGCCCCAGCACGGACAGUGCGGAGGAGGAGCUAUGCGCGCGGGCCCACGGGGGCUCGGCCACGGUGCUGGAGGAGUCCCGCAAGGAGGCCACACCCACUCCUCUGCCCGUGUCCGGCCCCGAGCUGGCCGCCAUGAUGAAGAUCGGCACCAGGGUCAUGAGGGGCCAAGACUGGAAGUGGGGAGACCAGGACGGUCCCCCUCCCGGUCUGGGUCGUGUGAUCGGCGAGCUCGGCGAGGAUGGCUGGAUCCGGGUCCAGUGGGACACCAGCAGCACCAACUCCUACCGCAUGGGCAAGGAGGGCAAGUACGACCUGAAGCUGGCCGAGCCGCCGCCCGCCACGCAGCCCACCACCGAGGACUCAGACACGGAGGACGACACCGGUCUGCAUCAGCACCGCAAGGGCGACGGGGACAACGACAGCGCCCACCCGACGGCCAUGCUGCUGACCAGCACGGUGAACCUGCUGAAGACGCUCGCGCUGUCGGCGGGCAUCCACGCCGAGGUCAUGCAGACCGAGGCCACGCGCACCCUCUGCGGCCUGCUCCGCAUGCUGGUGGACAGUGGUGUCAACGACAAGACCGGCUGUCCAUCCCAGCGGCUGGUGUGGCGGGAGCAGCACCGUAACUGGUGCACGCUGGGCUUCAUCCGCAGCAUCGCCCUGACGCCCAACAUGUGCUCCACCCUCAGCACCUCCGCCUGGAUCGGCCUGCUCAUCCGCAUCGUGGAGGGACACCAGUCCUUCACCGCCGUCACCCUCCAGAGACAGAUCCUGGCACUGAGGCUGCUGCAGGCGGUGCUGCCGUCCUGGGAUAAGAUGGAGCGCUCACAUGACAUGAAGUUCCUGGUGGAGAAGCUCUUUGGCUUCCUGGGAAGCCUGCUCAGCACCUGCUCCUCCGACCUGCCCCUCCUCAGAGAGGGCUCACUGCGUCGCAGGAAGUCCCGCCCCCAGGCCUCUCUUACAGCCACUCACAGCAGCACGCUGGCAGAGGAGAUCGUGGCAGUGCUGCGUACCUUGCACUCCCUCAGCCAAUGGAACGGCCUCAUCAACGAAUACAUCAACUCCCAGCUCAGUGGCAUCGCCGACGUCAUGGCAGGCAGACACCCAGAAGCAACCAUGCUGGAGGAGUAUUUCCCGGACGAAGAGGGUCCGGUGGUCGGCAGUCUGAUGGCGGUGCUGGCGGUGAUCGGGGGCAUUGACGGGCGCUUGCGUCUGGGCGGGCAGGUGCAGCACGAGGAGUACGGCGAGGGCACUGUCACGCGCAUCACGCCCAAGGGCCGCAUCACCGUGCAGUUCCACGAGAUGAGGGUGUGCCGCGUGUGCCUGCUCAGCCAGCUCAAACCGCUGCCAGUGGUGGCGUUCAGUGUGCAGAACCUGCCCUUCACUGACCCCAUGCUGUGUGUCUGGGCCCAGCUGGUCAACCUGGCGGGCAGCAAACUGGAGAAGCGGCGCAUGAAGAAGUCCCUCAGCCGAGGACUCCCAGCGGACCAGGUGGACAUUCAUCUGCUGCGGUGCCAGCAGCUGAGGCUGUACAUCCUGAAGGCGGCGCGGGCUCUGCUCUCCCACCAGGACCAGCUCAGACAGAUCCUCUCCCAGCCAGCAGUACUGGAGCCAGGGCCCACACCUAGUGUCUUGUGUGUUGUGUCUCCAGAGGAGGCGGCGGUGUCGUCCCCUGACGUGGGGGACCUGUCUCCAGAGGGGCCGCUGCCCCCCCUCAUCCUCCUACAGCAGCUGCUGGCCGCUGCCACUCAGCCCUCACCCAUCAAGGCCAUCUUCGACAGGCAGGAGCUCGAGGCAGCAGCGUUGGCCGUGUGUCAGUAUCUGGCGGUGGAGUCCACGCACCCGUCGUCUCCGCUGUUUGAGGACAGCAGCUCGAGCGAGGCCACCACGCCGGUCACGGUGCAGCACGUGCGUCCGCCCAAGCAGAAGAAGCCCAAGACGUCGCCCGUGCCCCCGCUGCCCAUCGUGCUGCAGCUCAUGGAGAUGGGCUUCCAGAGGAAGAACAUCGAGUUCGCCCUCAAGUCCCUCUCCGGUACCACUGGCACCACCUCUGGAGUGCCAGGUGUGGAGGCUCUGGUGGGCUGGCUGCUGGACCACCCUGACGUGCACAUCACUGAGGUGUCGGACGCAGACACCGUGUCGGAUGACUACUCAGAUGAGGAGGUCCUGGAGGAGCUGGAGGAGCCCGAGCCUGCCUUCCCCGUGCCUCCUGGCGUGGUGGUGACCGAGAGCCAGACGUUCAAGAAGAGGUCCGACUUCCAGAGUAAUGAUGACUACGCGGUGUAUAUCAGAGAGAAUAUUCAGGUGGGGAUGAUGGUGAAGUGCUGCCGGACGUAUGAGGAGGUGUACGAGGGGGACGUGGGGAAGGUGAUUAAACUUGACCGUGAUGGGCUGCACGACCUGAACGUGCAGUGUGAUUGGCAGCAGAAAGGAGGCACCUACUGGGUGCGCUACAUCCACACCGAGCUACUGGAUGGCGUACUAUCCUUUUUCUGCCUUUCCUCCCCAGGCUUUCCACCUCAGAGCUCACCGUCUCACAUUAAGAUUGGAGACAAGGUUCGGGUGAAGCCCUCUAUCACCACGCCCAAGUACAAGUGGGGCUCCGUCACACACAGGAGUGUCGGCGUGGUUAAAGCGUUCAGUGCCAAUGGAAAGGACGUGAUUGUGGACUUUCCCCAGCAGUCGCACUGGACUGGCCUGCUGUCUGAGAUGGAGCUGGUCCCCAGUGUGCAUCCAGGAGUCAGGUGUGAUGGCUGCCAGAUGUUCCCCAUCAACGGCCCCAGGUUUAAGUGCAGGAACUGUGAUGACUUUGACUUCUGUGAGAACUGCUUCAAAACACGCAAGCACAACAGCAGACACUCCUUUGGCAGGAUCAAUGAGCCAGGCCAGUCUCCGGCUUUCAGCGGGCGCUCAGGCAAGCAGCUGAAGCGCCACCACAGCAGCCAGCGGGGCAUGCUGAUCGACGAGUGGUCCCGCGUGGUCAAGAGCCUCAACGUGUCGUCCUCCGUCAACCAGGCCUCGCGCCUUAUCGACUCCAGCGAGCAGUGCUGGCAGUCGUCGGGCUCCCAGGGAAAGCACUGGAUCCGUCUGGAGCUCUUCCCAGACGUGCUGGUGCACAGGCUCAAGAUGAUGGUGGACCCUGCCGACAGCAGCUACAUGCCUUCCCUUGUGGUCAUCUCUGGUGGAAGCUCAUUGAAUAACCUGAUCGAGCUGAAGACCAUCAACAUCAACUCCACCGACACCACUGUUUCACUCCUGAAUGACUGCACUGAGUUUCACAGGUACAUAGAGAUAGCCAUAAAGCAGUGCCGUAGCUCUGGGAUCGACUGUAAGAUCCACGGCUUGGCCAUCGUGGGCCGCAUCCGCGCUGAGGACGAGGACCUGGCCACCGUUCCCUUCCUGGCCUCGGACAACGAGGAGGAAGACGACGACAAGACAGCCACUGGAAGCCUGGCCAGGAAGAGGUCAUCGGGCCUGGAGUCGGCCGCCACCAUCAGGACCAAAGUGUUCGUGUGGGGCCUCAACGAUAAGGACCAGCUUGGGGGGCUCAAGGGGUCAAAGAUCAAAGUGCCGUCUUUCUCCGAGACACUGUCCGCGCUGAAUGUGGUGCAGGUGGCUGGAGGCUCCAAGAGCCUGUUCGCUGUGACCGCGGAGGGUAAGGUGUACGCGUGCGGUGAGGCCACCAACGGCAGGCUGGGUUUGGGUCUGUCCAGCGGCACCAUCCCCAUCCCCAGACAGAUCACGGCCCUCAGCAACUACGUGGUCAAGAAGGUGGCCGUGCACUCCGGAGGGCGUCAUGCCAUGGCUCUGACAGUGGAUGGGAAGGUGUUCUCCUGGGGAGAAGGAGAUGAUGGCAAAUUGGGCCACUUCAGCAGAAUGAACUGUGAUAAGCCCCGGCUGGUCGAGGCCCUGAAGACCAAGCGCAUCCGGGACAUUGCGUGCGGCAGCUCCCACAGCGCGGCCAUCACGUCCAGCGGGGAACUGUACAGCUGGGGACUGGGCGAGUACGGUCGCCUGGGCCACGGGGACAACACCACCCAGCUCCGACCCAAACUGGUGAAGGUGCUUCUGGGUCACCGUGUGGUGCAGGUGGCAUGCGGAAGUCGGGACGCUCAGACACUCGCCCUCACUGAUGAAGGCCUGGUGUUCUCCUGGGGAGACGGAGACUUUGGGAAGCUGGGCCGAGGGGGCAGCGAAGGCUGCAACAUCCCCCAGAACAUCGAGAGGCUCAACGGUCAGGGCGUGUGCCAGAUCGAGUGCGGAGCCCAGUUCUCUCUCGCCCUCACCAAGUCUGGAGUCGUCUGGACAUGGGGUAAAGGAGACUACUUCAGGCUGGGCCAUGGCACUGACGUCCACGUGCGGAAGCCCCAGAUGGUGGAAGGUCUAAGGGGGAAGAAGAUCAUCCACGUGGCAGUGGGAGCGCUACACUGCCUGGCCGUCACAGAAACUGGACAGGUUUUCGCGUGGGGAGACAACGACCACGGGCAGCAGGGGAACGGCACCACCACGGUCAACCGCAAGCCCACGCUGGUCCAAGGCCUGGAGGGCCAGAAGAUCACGCGGGUGGCCUGCGGCUCCUCGCACAGCGUAGCCUGGACCACCGUGGACGUCACCACACCCUCCGUGCACGAGCCCGUGCUCUUCCAAACGGCGCGAGACUCGCUGGGGGCUUCGUACCUGGGUGUGCCAUCAGACAGUGACCCGUCGUGCGCCAGCAACAAGCUGAGUGGUCCAGGCAGUGUGAAGUCCAACAGACCCUCGCUGGCCAAGAUCCUGCUCUCGCUGGACGGUAACUUGGCCAAGCAGCAGGCCCUCUCUCACGUGCUCUCUGCCCUGCAGAUCAUGUAUGCCAGGGAUGCGGUGGUCGGUGCUCUGAUGCCCGCCUCCAUGAUGCCAGUGGAAUGUCCGUCUAGCUCGCCCGUGCCCCCCUCUGACGUGUCAUCAGCGUCCAGCCCCUCUGAGGCAGAGGGCCCUCCAGUGCCCCCGGAGGCAGAGGAGCGCGUUAGCCCCAACCCCUGGCAGGACAAGAGGGCAGAGGUGACCACUUCUGAGGAUGCGGUCACCCCCUCGUCUGCCAUCACCCCCUCCGCCUCGGCCGCAUCCUGCCGCCCCUUCAUCCCAGUGACCGAUGAUCCCGGGGCCGCCAGCAUCAUCGCUGAGACCAUGACUAAAACCAAAGAGGACUCUGAAAGCCAAACUAAAGUGGUGGGCCCAGAACCCCAGUACCUGGACGAGUUCACCAGUCUGCUGGUGCCAGACGACACGCGGGUGCUGGUGGACCUGCUCAAGCUGGCCGUGUCGGUGCGUGCCGGAGACAAGGGCCGGGAGGUGCUCUCCGCCGUGCUGUCGGGCAUGGGCACUGCAUACCCACAGGUGGCAGAUAUGCUGCUGGAGCUGUGUGUGACGGAGCUAGAGGACGUGGCGACAGACUCACAGAGCGGCCGUCUCUCCUCCCAGCCCGUGGUGGUGGAGAGCAGCCACCCCUACACCGACGACACCUCCACCAGCGGCACGGUCAAGAUCCCAGGUGCUGAAGGCUUGAGGGUGGAGUUUGACAGGCAGUGCUCAACAGAGAGACGACACGACCCUCUGACCAUCAUGGAUGGAGCCAAUAGGAUCGUCUCGGUCCGAUCAGGACGCGAGUGGUCUGACUGGUCCAGUGAGCUGCGUAUCCCUGGAGACGAGCUCAAGUGGAAGUUCACCAGCGAUGGAUCGGUUAAUGGCUGGGGCUGGCGCUUCACCGUGUACCCCAUCAUGCCUGCUGCUGGCCCCAAAGACCUGUUGUCUGACCGCUGCAUCCUAUCCUGUCCCUCCAUGGACCUGGUCACCUGCCUGCUGGACUUCCGCCUCAACUUCACCUCCAACCGGAGCAUCGUGCCGCGUCUGGCCGCCUCGCUGGCUGCCUGUGCCCAGCUCAGUGCUCUUGCUGCUGGCCACCGGAUGUGGGCGCUGCAGAGGCUGCGUAAGCUGUUGACCACCGAGUAUGGCCAGUCCAUCAACAUCAACCGCCUGCUGGGGGACAGCGAGGGCGAGGCGCGUCCUAUGAGUUUUACGGGCAGUGCGCUGGCCGCCCUUGUGAAGGGCCUUCCUGAGGCUCUGCAGAGGCAGUAUGAAUAUGAGGACCCUGUUGUCAGAGGAGGCAAACAGCUGCUCCACAGUCCCUUCUUCAAGGUGCUGGUGGCCCUGGCCUGUGACCUGGAGCUGGACACUUUGCCCUGCUGUGCAGAGACACACAAGUGGGCGUGGUUUCGUCGCUACUGCACGGCAUCCAGAGUGGCCGUAGCCCUGGACAAGAGGACCCCUCUGCCUCGGCCCUUCCUGGACGAGGUGUCUAAGAAGAUUCGUGAGCUGAUGGCGGACCACGAGAGCAUGAACAAUCUCCAUGAGAACCACGACAUGUUCAAGAGAGAGCAGGACGAACAGCUGGUACAGUGGAUGAACAGGCGCCCGGACGACUGGACACUGUCAGCAGGCGGCAGUGGCACCAUCUAUGGCUGGGGUCACAACCACCGGGGGCAGCUGGGGGGCAUCGAGGGGGCCAAGGUGAAGGUGCCCACGCCCACCGAGGCGCUGGCCACCCUGCGGCCCGUGCAGCUCAUCGGGGGCGAGCAGACCCUGUUCGCCGUCACCGCCGACGGCAAGCUCUACGCCACGGGCUACGGUGCGGGCGGCCGCCUGGGCAUCGGGGGCACCGAGUCGGUCUCCACGCCCACCCUGCUGGAGUCCAUCCAGCACGUCUUCAUCCGCAAGGUGGCCGUCAACUCCGGCGGCAAGCACUGCCUGGCGCUCUCCUCUGAGGGAGAGGUGUACUCCUGGGGCGAGGCCGAGGACGGCAAGCUGGGCCACGGCAACAGGAGUCCAUGUGACCGUCCGCGUGUGAUUGAGUCUCUGCGUGGGGUGGAGGUGGUGGACAUCGCGGCUGGAGGGGCCCACAGCGCCUGCAUCACGGCCAGCGGAGAGCUCUACACCUGGGGCAAGGGCCGCUAUGGACGCCUGGGCCACGGAGACAGCGAGGACCAGCUCAAACCCAAACUGGUGGAUGCGCUGCAGGGCCACCGGGUGAUUGACGUGGCUUGUGGCAGUGGGGAUGCCCAGACGCUGUGUCUGACCGACGAUGACAUGGUGUGGUCCUGGGGAGACGGGGACUACGGCAAACUGGGUCGGGGGGGCAGCGACGGCUGCAAGGUGCCCAUGAAGAUUGACUCUCUGACAGGACUUGGAGUGACGAAGGUGGAAUGUGGCUCUCAGUUCUCCGUGGCUCUGACCAAAUCUGGAGCCGUCUACACCUGGGGAAAAGGCGACUACCACAGGCUGGGCCACGGCUCAGACGAUCACGUCCGGCGACCGCGACAGGUCCAGGGCUUGCAGGGCAGAAAGGUCAUCGCCAUAGCAACCGGCUCCCUCCACUGCGUCUGUUGCACUGAGGACGGAGAGGUGUACACAUGGGGGGACAAUGAUGAGGGUCAGCUGGGUGACGGCACCACCAACGCCAUCCAGAGGCCGCGGCUGGUCGCUGCGCUGCAGGGCAAGAAGAUCAACAGGGUGGCCUGUGGCUCUGCCCACACUCUGGCCUGGUCCACCAGCAAACCCACCAACGCCGGCAAACUACCUGCACAGAUCCCCAUGGAGUACAACCACCUGCAGGAGAUCCCCAUCAUGGCGCUGCGUAACCGCCUGCUACUGCUACACCACAUCUCUGAGCUCUUCUGCCCCUGCAUCCCCAUGUUCGACCUGGAGGGACGGCUCGGACAGACCAUACACGGGCCCUCAGUUGGCUUCGACACGCUCAGGGGUAUCCUCAUCUCACAGGGCAAGGAGGCCGCCUUCCGGAAGGUGGUGCAGGCAACCAUGGUACGAGACCGACAACAUGGGCCAGUGGUGGAGCUCAACAGGAUACAGGUGAAGCGCUCUCGCAGUAAAGGCGGUCUGGCGGGUCCAGACGGCACCAAGUCCGUGUUUGGUCAGAUGUGCGCUAAGAUGAGCUCCUUCAGCCCCGACAGCCUGCUGCUGCCACAUCGCGUCUGGAAGGUCAAGUUCGUAGGUGAGUCUGUGGACGACUGCGGUGGCGGCUACAGUGAGUCCAUCGCGGAGAUGUGUGAGGAACUGCAGAACGGCCUGACGCCCCUGCUCAUCGUCACUCCCAAUGGUCGGGACGAGUCCGGCGCCAACCGCGACUGCUUCCUGCUCAACCCCGUUGCCAAGUCCCCCUUGCACAUGAACAUGUUCCGCUUCCUUGGUGUGUUGCUUGGGAUUGCCAUCCGCACAGGCAGUCCUCUCAGUCUGUACCUGGCUGAGCCCGUCUGGAAGCAGCUGGCUGGGAUGAACCUGACCAUCGCUGACCUCAGUGAGGUGGAUAAGGACUUCAUCCCGGGACUGAUGUACAUCCGGGACAACGAGGCGUCGGCGGAGGAGUUUGAGGCCAUGCCUCUGCCCUUCACUGUACCCAACGCCUGCGGUCAGGAGGUGCAGCUCAGCUCCAAGCACUCGCACAUCAGCCUGGAGAACCGCGCUGAGUAUGUGCGCCUCGCCAUCAACUACAGGCUCCAUGAGUUUGAUGAGCAGGUGGCAGCCGUGAGGGAGGGCAUGGCCCGCGUGGUCCCUGUGCCCCUCCUCUCCCUCUUCACCGGCUACGAGCUCGAGACCAUGGUGUGUGGUAGUCCAGAUAUUCCGCUGCACCUGCUCAAGUCGGUGGCCACCUACAAGGGUGUGGAGCCAACAGCGCCGCUCAUCCAGUGGUUCUGGGAGGUGAUGGAGUCCUUCUCCAACACGGAGCGCUCGCUCUUCCUUCGCUUUGUCUGGGGCCGAACGCGUCUCCCCAGGACCAUCGCUGACUUCCGCGGACGAGACUUCGUUGUGCAGGUCCUGGACAAGUACAACCCUCCUGACCACUUCCUGCCGGAGUCGUACACCUGCUUCUUCUUGCUCAAGCUGCCGCGCUACUCCUGCAAGCAGGUGCUGGAGGAGAAGCUCAAAUACGCCAUUCACUUCUGCAAGUCCAUCGACACGGACGACUACGCCCGCAUCGCCCUGACCGGCGAGCCGGCGGCCGACGACAGCAGCGAGGACUCGGACAACGAGGACGCCGACUCCUUUGCCUCGGACUCCACCCAGGACUACCUGACUGGCCACUGAAAUGUGACCGUCGACCCCAGGGUUUUGGUCAUAUCAAGAAGCUGCCAUGCAAAAAUAAUAAUAGUAAUAAAAAAACACAAACAAAUGAACAAACCGAAAAGGAAGUAAAAGAAACUCAUGGACAUUUUCUCUUCUUUCUUUUCCUCACAUAUUAAUAAUACAUACACAUUCGUACCGUACACACUACCACCACUCCUAUGUGAAGAGAGAUAAGACGUAUCAUUUUAAUGUGCAAUUAGCUUUUAAAGCACCAUAAGCUGGAGAGAGGAAGAGAAGGCAAAUAAGAAACAAAAGAAAGGAAAAAAACACAAGCCUGUAGAUCUUGUUCUUCAUUUAGGGGUGUGAAAGACGAGAGGACUGGGCAGUACAUGUUUUUGGGUGUUUUUACGUUCAUGACCGUGCUAAAGUCAUUCAAACAACAGGCCGCGUCUCGUGGCCAAGCACUGUGUGUGUGUGUUCUAUUGUAUUUUGACCAUAAUGUGCAACAAAAGAAAUAGUAUUGUUACAAUGUUUUCUUUUUGUUUACGAUUAAAUUUUGUUUUGUUUUAUUUUUUUGCAAUAGCAGUGUUUCUUUGUAAGAACUUUUUUUAAGAAAUAUGGUGUCGAUGUUUCUCAGUCGACUUAAUCAGAGCCCAUUGGCUACUCGGCCUCGGCUUGGUUUUUAGGUUGUCCAUCACUGUCUCCUGUCUCUCCCUCUACGACAAGGGUGUAUGCACUGUCAUCCUUAUGGAAUGUAUAUAAUAUGAUUGUGCCAUGCGUUCAUUAAGCGUCUAAAUCACAUGUAAUAAUAAAUGUUAAUAAAUACAUUUCUGUUAAUAAAUUUAAACCAAAAAAUCA